AUGGACAAGUUCUCCUACGGAUCGGUUGUAACGUACACGUGUGACCGAGGUUACGCCCGCACUGGCGAGGCCUCCAUCCAGUGCGUGACGGCGGACGGGCUGACCGGCGUGUGGAGCAGGCCCCCGCCGCAGUGCGGACGCGAUACUAGGUGCCCAUUCCCACACAUCCAGAAUGGGAGGAGACUACCCCCUACUCGCUACGUCUACAAGACUGGGGAUACCGUAAGCUUUGAGUGCAACGCAGGCUACGCCCUUCAGGGCUCCCACACGGCCAAGUGCGGAGCUGAUUUCAAGUGGAGUCCACCUCUGCCAGUUUGCAGAAAGGAGGUGAAGUGUCCUCAGCCACCAAACAUCGCCAACGGGCAGCACAGCGGCCAGUCCUUGGACACUUUUCCCCGGGGACUGACCGUGUACUACAGCUGCAGGGAUGGCUACACGCUGGUCGGGAACAUGUCCAUCAACUGCACGGACGCCGGGCUGUGGAGCCGGCCCCGGCCCCGCUGCGAAGCAAUCGGCUGCAAGAGACCCGUGGUUCUGAAUGGGAAAAUUCACGGCUCGCAGAGCACCUACAAAGCUGGAGAGACUUUUCGUUUUGACUGUGAAGCCGGUUAUGCCUCAGAGGACACCUACGAGGCGCAGUGCCGACCGGGGGGCAUGUGGGACCCCCCGGUGCUCAGCUGCACAAAGAUCCGACCAUGCCCCAUGCCUCCACGGAUCGACAACGGAAAUCACGAUGGCCAGGGCUCAACAUUUUUUACCAUGGGAACGUCGGUGACGUACACCUGCGAUCCCGGCUACUACCUUGUUGGAAACGCAGUUGCUCUUUGCAGAGCCUCGGGGAACUGGAGCCUUCCCACGCCUCGCUGUGAAGAGGUGAAGUGUCCUCAGCCACCAAACAUCGCCAACGGGCAGCACAGCGGCCAGUCCUCGGACACUUUUCCCCGGGGACUGACCGUGUACUACAGCUGCAGGGAUGGCUACACGCUGGUCGGGAACAUGUCCAUCAACUGCACGGACGCCGGGCUGUGGAGCCGGCCCCGGCCCCGCUGCGAAGCAAUCGGCUGCGAGAGACCUGAGGUUCAGAACGGGAAAAUUCACGGCUCGCAGAGCACCUACAAAGCCGGAGGGACUCUUCAUUUUGACUGUGAAGCCGGUUAUGCCUCAGAGGACACCUACGAGGCGCAGUGCCGACCGGGGGGCAUGUGGGACCCCCCGGUGCUCAGCUGCACAAAGAUCCGACCAUGCCCCAUGCCUCCACGGAUCGACAACGGAAAUCACGAUGGCCGGGGCGCAGCAUUUUUUACCAUGGGAACGUCGGUGACGUACACCUGCGAUCCCGGCUACUACCUUGUUGGAAACGCAGUUGCUCUUUGCAGAGCCUCGGGGAACUGGAGCCUUCCCAUGCCUCGCUGUGAAGUGACUGUCUGCGUAAAUCCACAUAUAGAGAAUGGAAGGCAAGUUGAUGGUCAUGGACUUAUCUAUGGACCUGGACAAACAGUUACAUUUCAGUGUCAUAACGGUUACAGCCUGCAAGGCAGUGCUAAAAUCUACUGCCAGAAGGAUGGCAGCUGGGAUCCUCCGGUUCCAGUCUGUAGUAUGGAUAAACCUUCACCAAGCCUCCUGUCUAGGCAUACACUUCGAGGUGGUUGUGGUGCUCCUACAAGGUUACUCUUUGCUGAGCUAAGUGAGGAGUAUAAAAAUGAGAUUGACUUUCCUGUUGGGAAGACUGUGACAUACACUUGCCGACCAGGAUAUGCUAAACACCCAGGAAUGUCACCUACUAUUACAUGCCUUGACAGUGGAGUGUGGUCAGAAGCACUAGAGUUCUGUAAAAGGAAACAGUGUGGUCAUCCCGGUGAACCUGAGAAUGGCAAGAUUAGUUCCAUAACAGAUCUCUUAUUUGGGUCAACAGUGAUCUACAGCUGUGAGGAAGGGCACAGGUUAAUUGGGAAGCCUAGCAGACGAUGUGAGAUUUCUGACGCAACACACGUUGAAUGGAGUGGCAGCAUUCCCAUAUGUCAGCGUAUUCCUUGUGAGCCACCUCCAAAUAUUCCCGACGGGAAGCACACAGGCAGGCUGUUAGACGAAUUCUACUUCGGCUCAUCUGUAACGUACAGCUGCGACUCGGGGCACCCACCCCGCGGGGAGGCCUCCAUUCACUGCACCACCAAGGACGGGCAAAACGGCGUGUGGAGCGGACCCCCCCCUCAGUGCGGAGCACUGGCAUGCCCACCUCCUCCAGACAUUGCCAAUGGGAAGCACGGUGGCCAGCCUGGGGAGGCUUUCAGCCCUGGAGCAUCUGUUAAUUACCACUGUGAUCCUGGCUACGCUCUUGUUGGAGAAGCACGGCUUAACUGUACGGCCUCUGGCGCGUGGAGUCUUCCUGUCCCUCGGUGUGAAGCUGGCUGUAAUGCACCUACAAGACUGGUGUUUGCUGAGCUAAAGAAGGAGUAUGGCAAUCAGACUGUCUUCGCAGUGGGGAAGGCAGUAGAAUAUGUGUGUCGGCCUGGAUAUGCCAGACACCCGGGAAUUCGGCCAUCUGUCAUGUGUCUCCAAAAUCGGACGUGGUCUGCAGCACUGGAAUUCUGUAAAAGGAAGCAAUGUGCUAACCCAGAGGCACCACAGAAUGGCAGAGUUGUAAUUCUGACUGAUCUCUUCUUUGGGUCAAAAGUGAAUUACACUUGUAAGGAAGGGCACAAGUUGAUCGGACCUUCUCAGAGAAGAUGUGAGGUUUCCGGCCCACAUGUUUUAUGGAGUGGAGAUGUUCCUGUUUGCCAGCCAAUCGUGUGCGACCCGCCUCCGGACAUCCCCCACGGGAGACACACGGGCCGUCUGAUGGAUGACUUCCCCUACGCGGCUGUGGUCACGUACACGUGCGAUCCCGGCCACCCGCUCAUGGGACAGGCCUCCAUUUUCUGCACCACGGAGGACGGGGUACGCGGCGUGUGGAGCGGGCCACCGCCGCGGUGCGGAGCGGUGAAUUGUCCUCCUCCUCCAACCAUUGCCAACGGGAAGCACAACCAUCAGUCCUCAGACAAGUUUCUCCCAGGAAUGACUGUUCAGUACACCUGCAGGAAUGGCUAUUCCCUCAUUGGGAAUGCAUCCAUUAACUGUACUGCCUUGGGAACAUGGAGCCGGCCCCGACCCCGAUGUGAAGCAACUGGCUGCAAAAGACCAGAGAUCGAGAAUGGAAGAAUAACUGGACUAGAGACCAUGUACAAACUUAUGGACACUGUUGUCUUUGAAUGCAAUUUUGGCUAUGCCUUAAAGGGCUCUCAAGAGUCUCGGUGCCAGUUUGGAGGCACAUGGGACCCUCCUGUCCCCAUCUGUGAAAAGAUGCUGCUGUGUCCUUCCCCACCAAGUAUCAAAAAUGGCCAGCACCAUGGCAAGAAUGUGAAAGUCUUCAUCCCUGGAAUGUCCGUGAAGUACCACUGUGACCCAGGCUACGCCCUCACUGGGACGACACAAGUUUCUUGUCUGCCAUCUGGAACCUGGAGCAUCCCUUACCCUCGAUGCGAAGUGGUUGUCUGCACAACCCCAGCAAUCCAGAACGGAGCAGUGGCUGGUGAGCGCAGAGCCGCGUACAAUCCCGGGGACACCGUGACCUUCCAGUGCCGCCCCGGCUACAUGCUGCGGGGCAGCGGCGAGGCCGAGUGCCGGCGUGACGGCCGGUGGGCUCCUCCAGUGCCCGCCUGUGUGCCAGCAACGCCUUGUCCUCCACCCCCGGUCAUCGCCAACGCAACGCCCAGCGCUGAGCACGGGGACAACUUCACCAGUGGCAUGUCCAUCACCUACAGCUGCGACCCGGGCUUCUCCCUCAUCGGCGAUGCUUCGCUUUCCUGCACGGCGUCGGGGAAUUGGAGCCUCCCUUACCCGCGCUGCGCAGCUGGAUGUGGAACACCAACAACAUUAUCGUUUGCUGAGCUAAACAAGGAACACAAAAAUCAGACAGAGUUUCCUGUUGGGAAGACUGUGAAAUACACUUGCCGGCCAGGAUAUGCUAGACAUCCACAAAUGCCACCAAUGAUUACGUGUCUCAAAAAUCAAACGUGGUCCGAUGCUCAGGAGUUUUGCAAACGGAAAAGGUGUGAGCAUCCAGGAGAACCCAGAAAUGGCAGAGUUAUUGUUACAACGGACCUACUAUUUGGGUCAACAGUGAAUUACACUUGUGAGGAAGGGUACAGGCUGACUGGACACGCUCAGAGGCGCUGCGUGAUUUCUGGGUCUGGGAAGCGAGUUGUGUGGAGCGGUGACGUUCCCGUCUGCCAGUCAAUCGUGUGCGACCCGCCUCCGGACAUCCCCCACGGGAGACACACGGGCCGUCUGAUGGAUGACUUCCCCUACGCGGCUGUGGUCACGUACACGUGCGAUCCCGGCUACCCGCUCACGGGCGAGGACUUCAUUUUCUGCACCACGGAGGACGGGGUACACGGCGUGUGGAGCGGGCCACCGCCGCGGUGCGGAGCAACGCAGUGCUCUCUGCCUCCUGCCAUUGCCCAUGGAAGGCACAGUGGCCAAGCCAUGGCAGUUUUUGCCAGUGGGAUGUCUGUGAGAUACAGCUGUGAUCCUGGCUAUACUCUCAUUGGAGAAGCGCAGCUUAACUGUACAUCUUCUGGCGCUUGGAGCACCCCUGGCCCUCAGUGUGAAGCGCUCCUGUGUCCCGCCCCGUUGGCUAUUGACAAUGGUCAGCAUGAUGGCAAGGACGGGAAAGUCUACAGCCCUGGAAAGUCUGUGAAUUACAGCUGUGGGCCUGGUUAUUCUCUUGUUGGAAAAGCCACUCUAUAUUGCACAGAGAAUGGAACCUGGAGCAUCCCUUACCCUCGAUGCGAAGUGGUUGUCUGCACAACCCCAGCAAUCCAGAACGGAGCAGUGGCUGGUGAGCGCAGAGCCGCAUACAAUCCCGGGGACACCGUGACCUUCCAGUGCCGCCCCGGCUACAUGCUGCGGGGCAGCGGCGAGGCCGAGUGCCGGCGUGACGGCCGGUGGGCUCCUCCAGUGCCCGCCUGUGUGCCAGCAAUGCCUUGUCCUCCACCUCCGGUCAUCGCCAACGCAAUGUCCAGCGCUGAGCACGGGGACAACUUCACCAGUGGCAUGUCCAUCACCUACAGCUGCGACCCGGGCUUCUCCCUCAUCGGCGACGCUUCGCUUUCCUGCACGGCGUCGGGGAAUUGGAGCCUCCCUUACCCGCGCUGCGCAGCGCUGCAAUGUCCUUUACCUCCAAAUAUUGACAAAGGAAAGCAUAACAGCCAGGACUUGAAAGUUUUCACUCCUGGGAUGGCCAUAAAUUACAGCUGUGACCCUGGCUACUACAUAAUGGGAGAGGCAUCAAUUUAUUGUACAGAUUCUGGAAACUGGAGCCUCCCUCUUCCUCGGUGCGAAGGUGGCUGUGCUGCCCCUCCAGGCUUACGCUUUGCUGAGCUAACCGAGGAAUAUAAAAACCAGAGAGAGUUUUCUGUUGGGGACACUGUGCAAUACACCUGCCAGCCUGGAUACAUGAGACACCCUGGAAUACCCCCAACAGUAACAUGCCUCAAAAAUCAAACGUGGUCUGAAGCACUAGAGUUUUGUAAAAGGAAACAAUGUAAAUAUCCAGAAGUACCAAAGAAUGGCAGAGUUGUCAUUCUGACAGAUCUUCUCUUUGGGUCAGCAGUGAACCACACGUGUGAAGAAGGGCAUGAACUAGUUGGACAGUCUCAGAGGCGAUGUGAGAUUUUUGGAAUCCUUGUUGCAUGGAGUGGUGCUCCUCCCGUUUGCCAGAAGGUGGUAUGCCCAGUCCCAAAGAUCCAGAAUGGGAGAAUAUCCAUUCGUAAAAAUCGCUACACAUAUGAAGAUACUGUUAGCUUUAAGUGCCACGAAGGCUUCACCCUACGGGGCCAUCAUACAGUUCAGUGCAGAGCCGACAGAACAUGGGACCCACCUGUGCCAGUCUGUGAAUGGGGUGGAAUGCCAGAAUACUAUCAUCCUACUGAUACUACAACAAAGCCAGUGGUAAAGUGUCUGCCUCCUCCAGGCAUUACUAAUGGGGAACACAGCAGGCAUUCCUCACACACUUUUGACAUAGGAGCACUUGUGCACUACAGCUGCAAGCCUGGCUUCUUCCUGAUCGGGAAUGAGUCUAUCCGUUGUACAACACAUGGAGUCUGGAGCCGUCCCCUUCCUCGGUGCGAAGUUGGCUGUGCGAGCCCAGGAGUUGGGAAUGGAAAAGUAAUUGGAUUGGAGUCUCUCUAUAGACCUGGAGACAUCGUUAGGAUCGAAUGCAACAGUGACAAUGGCCCCAAAGGCCUUCGCGAGUCCCAGUGCCAGGCUGGAGGUAUCUGGGAUCCACCACUCCCCAUCUGUGAAACAGCACUGCGUUGUUCCAGGCCUCCAGAGAUUGCCAACGGGUGGCACAGUGGCCUGGCAACAGCGGUUUUUGCUCCUGGAAUAUCUGUAAGCUACAGCUGUGAGCCUGGCUUCUCUCUCAUUGGGACAACAUCCAUGUAUUGCACAGAGGCUGGAGCCUGGAGCCAUCCCGCUCCGGUCUGUCAAGUUGUGAAGUGCCUCCAUCCUCCAAACAUCACCAAUGGGAAGCUCACAGGCCACAUCUCUGAUACUUUUCCCUAUGGAACAUCUGUGUCCUACAGCUGCAAUCCUGGUUAUUCACUCACUGGGAAUGCUUUCCUUAACUGCACAGUGUCUGGAACUUGGAGCCAGCCUCUUCCUCGGUGUGAAGAGAUCAGAUGUAUAUUCCCAGAAGUUCUAGGUGUUAAGAAAACCAUGAUGGGAAAUACGUAUCGACUGGGGGCUAACAUCACUCUGGAGUGUGAUGAUGGUUACAUGUUGGAAGGUAUCAGUCAGAUUCAGUGUCAAGAGGACUUCAGCUGGGACCCUCCUGUACCAGCCUGUAGACUAGCUUCACAGAAGUCUAGGUCAGUAGGCCUAGGAGUUACAGCUGCAGCAGUGCUGCUUCUUGUUGGUGUGGGCAUUGUCUGGAAAAUUAUUUCCAAGCAGAAGGAAGGCUAUUAUCAUACUUAUGAAAACUAUGGGUACCGUACCCCUGUGGACCAUAUAACUGAACAGAAAUCUUUCUGUGUUCCAUAGCAGGCAGGAGACCCUUGGUUGCACCAGCCUGGCAGGACUCGUUCUCCACGCAGAAGAAACCGGUUGCAGAUUACAUGGAAGCUUUGGUCACUUUCUCCGAGACUGCAAUUCUGUAGUGAAAAGGGCACUUUGCCACAGAAUUAAAGUUAUUGCUGCUUCUGCUUCCAUUAAUCAAACUGCUGUAAGGAGCUAACCACGUUCGAAUUGUGCACAGUACAAAUGCUGUUUCAGAGAGACUCUUGUUUGUAUUCCUGCUGCCUGAAGAAUGCUUCCUUUAUUUGCAAACUCCUGAGAUGACCAAGACACGCAGAAGCAUUCCUGCGCCUCUGCAUUCAAGUUAGAAUUCAUUAAACAAUCAAAAGAUUGUCAUAAUUUUGCCUGGAAAUAGAUAGAAAUAAAUAGUCCAAAAGGUUUUCUAUGUUUGGUAAGUGAAAGUGAAUAACGGCUAUAAAAAUGACAGCUCCUGUCACCAGUGGUCAUUACAAGCAAGCUACCCCCAAGGACCGGUAGAAUGGGGUUUUUUUCCUCCUAGAAUAAUUCACUCCGAAGAAGAGUCGCUAUUUCAGGACGUCAGUUUAUCUCCAAAGGCAGCUGUCUCUUGUUUAACUGCAUUAACACCACGGCAAGCUUAUGCUUAUCACCAGCAGGCCUUAAUCGGUAUUCUCCCCCAGAAACACUCAUUUGUAGCCUAUCUCUAAGGACGUUUAUCCUAAUAAAAGCGGAACGUAACACAGCAA